AUGUCCAAAGAACUCUACGCCAACUCCAAGGACGACGCUGUCUACUCCUACUCCUUUGGAGUUCCUUACCCCCACCAUCCCUACUCAUCUCAGCGGGCCGGCCCUACCGGCCCUCUGCUGCUCCAGGACACCUAUCUGAUUGACGCUCUGGCCCAUUUCGACCGAGAGCGAAUCCCCGAGCGAGUCGUCCAUGCCAACGGAGGAGGAGCCCAUGGCUACUUUGAGGUGACCGAUGACAUCUCCGACAUCACAUACGCCGAGCCCUUCCAGAAGAUUGGCUACAAAUGCCCCACCACCGUGCGAUUUUCUACCGUUGGUGGUGAGCGAGGCUCUCCCGACACUGCUCGAGACCCCCGAGGUUUCGCUGUCAAGCACAAGACCGACUGGGGUAACUGGGACAUGGUUGGUCUCAACUCUCCUGUUUUCUUCAUUCGAGAUCCUGUCAAGUUCAUCCAUGUCAACCACUCUCAGAAGCGAGACCCCCAGACCAACCUGACUGCCGGAGAUGAUGCCUCUAACUACUGGAACUAUCUGGUCCAGAACCCCGAGUCUCUGCAUCAGGUGGUGUACAUGUUUGGAGACCGAGGUACCCCCAAUGGAUGGCGACACAUGAACUGCUUCUCCACUCAUACUUACAAGAUGAUCAACAAGGAGGGCAAGCUGACCUACGUCCAGUUCCACUACAAGUCCGACCAGGGAGUCAAGAACUUCACCGGACCCGAGGCUGCUGAGAUGGCUGGAAAGAGCCCGGACCACGACCAGAAGGAUCUCUUCUUUGCCAUCGAUAACGGAGACUACCCCUCCUGGACCGUUUCCCUUCAGACCAUGACUCCCGAGCAGGCCGAGGAAUGGGAAUACUCCAUUCUGGAUAUGACCAAGACCUGGCCCUAUGACAAGUUCCCUCUGCGAAAGGUCGGAAAGCUGGUGCUCAACAAGAACGCCGAGAACUUCUUUGAGGAGAUUGAGCAGGCCGCCUUCUCUCCCUCCAACCUGAUCCACGGUAUCGAAGCCUCUGAUGAUCCUGUUCUCCAGGCCCGACUCUUCUCUUACCCCGAUACUGCUCGACAUCGACUGGGUCCCAACUUCAACCAGCUGCCUGUCAACCAGGCCCGAACCUUCCAAAAGGGAUCUGGCUGCCCAUUCAUGGCCGGAAACUUCCAGCGAGACGGAAACAUGGCCAUCCACAACCAGGGCAACCGACCCAACUACCUGUCGACGAUCCGACCCAUCCAGUCCGUGUCCGUACCCAACGAGGACUUCAAGAACACUCACGAUUACUGCGGAGUGGUCACCAAGGAGAUGGAGGACGAAUCCUUCAAGGUCCAGGCCGAGGCUGCCAAGAAGCACAACGAGAAGAUCUGGGAGAGCUCGUCAUACCUGUACUUGUCUGGUUUCCAGGAGAGCGAUGCAGCCCAACCCCGAGACCUGUACGAGAGAGUGUACGACGAUGCUGCCAAGCAGCGAAUGAUUGACAACGUUGUUGACCAUGCCUCCACCAUCAAGCAGCACGGUCUCAAGGAGCAGGUCGCCAAGUACUUUGGCCGAAUCAGCGACGAUCUUGGCAAGAAGAUCGCCGAGGGUCUUGGUGUUCCUUACUAA